AUGAAGGCUUUAAUUCUCGUCGGCGGUUUUGGAACCCGUCUCAGACCAUUGACUCUCACUCUUCCCAAGCCAUUGGUCGAGUUUGCAAACCGUCCUAUGAUCCUCCAUCAGGUCGAGAGCUUGGCCGCUGCCGGUGUCACUGAUAUCGUUCUUGCUGUCAACUACCGUCCUGAUGUCAUGGUUUCUGCCCUCAAGAAGUAUGAAGAAAUGUACAAUGUCAAGAUCGAGUUCUCCGUCGAGUCUGAGCCCCUGGGCACUGCUGGCCCCCUGAAGCUCGCUGAGAAGAUCCUGGGCAAGGAUGACACGCCCUUCUUCGUGCUCAACUCGGACGUCAUCUGCGAAUACCCCUUCCAGGCCCUCGCAGACUUCCACAAGUCUCACGGCAACGAGGGCACCAUUGUCGUCACCAAGGUCGAGGAGCCCUCCAAGUACGGUGUUGUCGUACACAAGCCCAACCACCCCUCCCGCAUCGACCGCUUCGUUGAGAAGCCAGUCGAGUUCGUCGGUAAUCGCAUCAAUGCCGGCAUUUACAUCCUCAACCCCAGCGUUCUCAACCGCAUCGAGCUUCGUCCAACCUCCAUUGAACAAGAGACCUUCCCUGCCAUAUGCAAGGACGGCCAGCUGCACUCCUUUGAUCUCGAGGGUUUCUGGAUGGACGUCGGUCAGCCCAAGGACUUCCUCAGCGGAACGUGUCUCUACCUCACCUCUCUCACCAAGCAAGGCUCCAAGCUGCUCGCCUCCCCCAGCGAGCCUUAUGUUCACGGCGGAAACGUCCUCGUUGACCCCUCCGCGAAGAUUGGCAAGAACUGCCGCAUCGGUCCUAACGUGACUAUCGGCCCCAACGUUGUCAUCGGCGAUGGUGUCCGUCUCCAGAGAUGCGUCCUCCUCGCUAACAGCAAGGUCAAGGACCACGCCUGGGUCAAAUCCAGCAUCAUCGGCUGGAACAGCUCGGUAGGCCGCUGGGCUCGUCUCGAGAAUGUCUCUGUCCUAGGUGAUGACGUGACUAUUGGUGAUGAGGUCUACGUUAACGGCGGCUCUAUCCUCCCGCACAAGAGCAUCAAGCAGAACGUCGACUCUCCAUCAAUUAUCAUGUAA